AUGUGUUCAAGAACGAAGCAAUUGAAUGUAGCCAAGCAACGAGUGGUUGCGAUGCAAAGUGUUGUUUUAAAGGAUUGCAUCCUGAUUUGGGUAGGGGAUCAUCGACGAGUCGAUUCGCUUGGCUUUGCGUUCGCAUCCAGAAGCGCCAUCCUGUUAGACGAUGCUGCAACUAUGCGUGCCACAUUUCCAGUUGAUUCAAUCACAUCCACUAUCAGCAAGCUAUUCCCCCAAAAACAGGUGUUCUUCUCAACAGAUCUGAGUACAGAAGAUAACGAGUUGUGGUCAGAUGUGGUCAAAGGUAUCGCAGAGGAUGUGGCAUCGAAUAAGGAUUUUUAUGGUAUUGCUAGCUGA